GCCACUCUCUCGUUUCCGCCGAGUUCCUCUUCCGUUUUUCUUUGGGCUCGAGCUAACCCCGCGUGUGCUUGUUCUCUCUUUUGGAGCUAAGGCCUGAAUCGGCGACUUGCACCUUUUUAAACAUCCAUCCAUCAACUCAACGUCGAUCUAAUCAACAAGAAAAUGACGACUAAGGCUGAGCUUGCUUGCGUUUACUCCGCACUUAUCCUCACCGAUGACGAUGUCGCGGUUACUGGCGAAAAAAUCCAGACCAUCUUGAAAGCCGCCAACGUUGAUGUUGAGCCUUACUGGCCUGGCCUCUUCGCCAAAUCCCUCGAAGGUGUGAACGUCAAGGAACUCAUCACUAACAUCGGUUCCGGUGUAGGCGCUGCACCAGCUGGUGGAGCACCGGCAGCUGUUGCUGCUGCCGCGGAAGCUGCACCGGCCAAGAAGGAAGAGAAGAAAGAAGAACCCGAAGAAGAGUCCGACGACGACAUGGGCUUGGGUUUCUUCGGUUAAACUCAGGUAUCGUCGGUGACAUCAUUUUUACUAUGUAAAAUGACAAAACAAUAAAUAAAAUU